AAUCAAUCAAUCAAUCAAUCAAUCAAUCCAUCCAUCCAUCCAUCCAUCCAUCCAUCCAUCCAUCCAUCCAUCCAUCCAUCCAUCCACCAAACCAACCCAUCCACCCAUUACCAAAAUUAAUUAAUAUAAAAAUAAAGAGAGUCAUCUUUUCUGUGGGAAUUUAGUGAUCUCCAUGGUUACAUUUGUUAUUACAACUUUUGCCAUCCGAUCAUGCAGGGUUUCAUUAAUUGUCAAUUCUGCAUGCUCCGAGAUCUUGCUUGCAUUUGGGUCUGAUUACUUUGACCGAACACUGAAGUGGCCUAGCUUGCAUUUGGGCAAAAUGAGGGCUGGAGUACAGUUGAGAAUCAGCUGCUCUCUCAAUAACAAAGCAUAUGUUAUACGUGCCUGCUGCCAUUACAAAAUAAGAUAAAUGUAAAGAAAAGGAGAAGGCUCUUUCUUGUACCAUUUUGAAUACACCUGUUGCAAGGAAAUAUUUCCAAUCAGCGUCCGAUAAGGCAAGCAAUUUUCAAUUGUAACCACAGCUUAUUUCAGAGGGUAUUUGCAAGUCAAAGGCACCUGGAACUGCUUAUUGUUAUUACCAAAACACUGAGCCCAAUUAUAUUUGAUUUGCUUCCAAUAGAGAAUCAAAGCACCUAGAUCUAUCCGUGACUGCUCUGACAAGCUUGUAUCUGCUAGAUUUGAUGACAAGGUCCUUGACAUAUGACAUUCAUAAACUUUGUAUCCAUUGCAUAAUGUCAUGGUCCAACUCAUUUCCAUUUAUUUCCAUGCAGCUGCACAAUGGGUGGCUUGAUUGUGUUUACACGAUAAACUUGCAAUUUCAGUCUAAGGUCACUAAAAGAUAGAAGUUUUGCCUUUGAUGUGUGUUGUCAUAUUGCUGAGCUCAAGUUGUUGCUCAUGAUUUAUUCACAUUUUAUUAUAUAAUUAUGAUAAUAAUAAUUGUAUCAUUACUACAUGAGGUUCCAUCUUUUGUAGUCUGGCAGAGAUCUUGAAUCUGUUCACACUAUGAAAUUGCAAUCUUGGUCAAAGGUCACUAAAAGACAGAGGAGGUUUUGCACGUGUUGUCAUAUUGCUGAGCUGAAGAUGUUGUUCAUGAGUUAUUUACCAUGUUAUUGCAGUGUUUGGGCAUAAUUAUUGUAUUAUUAUUAUUUAAGGUUUAAUCUUUUGUACUGGCAGAAAUCUUGUUUACUCAGGGAGUGCCUGUAAAUGGUUAUAUAAGUAAGUAUGUGGUCACAUGCAUAUAUUCAUUCCAGACUUUGAAUCAUGGAUUACUGAAGUAGUCAGUCCUGUCAUUUUAGUAGAGUUUAGACACUGACUGUGUGGGUCACAAAAGGGUUAAAUUAGGUGUGGGUUGUUAUUACACAGAAGAAAAAAGGAAUUCACAGAUCUUCCACCCGCUGCUGAUUUAACUCUCCUUCCAAAUGUGGCUUUUACAUUUUUUGCUGAGUUUUGACAUCAAGGGGCUUUUCCUGUUUAUUUUUUUUUUGAUGAGCUGGGAGUGGCUGGCAGGGUGGAAAAUUACCGACUGUAUGAAACUGCAGGAAACAGCAGGAGGGUGUAGAGCUAAACUGUGACAAUAGUGUUCAGUGCAUUCGAGGUCAUGAAUAGCUGAGACCUAUUCCUGCUGCUGGUUUAGCUCUAUUACAAUGUGGCUUUUUAAUGUUUUGUCGGGUUUUGACCUCAAGGGGCUUUUCCUGUUUAUUGUUAUUUUCAUCCUUAUUGCGGACUACUUAAAAUACAGGAAUCCUACAAAUUAUCCUCCAGGACCGUUGUCUCUUCCUUUUGUGGGGAAUUUCUUCAGUGUGGACAGAAAAAAACCAUACGUUUAUUUUACCAAGCUGGCUGAUGUCUAUGGUAAUGUGUUCAGCGUCCGCCUCGGCAAGGAGAAGAUGGUGUUUGCGUCUGGGUACAAGAUGGUGAAGGAAGCCAUAGUGACACAAGCUGAAAACUUUGUGGAUCGACCACUCAAUGCAAUCGUUGACAGGUGUUACUCAGGGAACACAGGUGGUCUGUUCAUGAGCAAUGGUGAAACAUGGAAGAGACAGCGACGCUUUGCUUUAUCUACCUUACGUAGCUUUGGCCUGGGCAAAAACACCUUGGAGCAGAGUAUCUGUGAGGAAAUCCGACACCUGCAGGAGGAGAUAGAGAAGGAGAAAGGUGAACCUUUUAACCCAGCAGGACUCUUCAACAGUGCAGUGUCCAACAUCAUUUGCCAGCUGGUGAUGGGGAAACGGUUCGACUACAGUGACCACCACUUCCAGACCAUGCUGAAGUAUAUGUCUGAAGCUGUUAUGCUGGAGGGCUCUGUAUGGGGUCUGCUGUACCAGUCGUUCCCUGGAGUGAUGAAGCACUUGCCAGGUCCUCACAACACAAUGUUCAGCCGCUUCAACACUCUCAUAGACUUCAUUGGUCAAGAGGUAAAGAGCCACAAAAAGGACCUGGACCCCAGCAACCCCCGGGACUACAUUGACACUUUCCUCAUUGAAAUGGAGAAUCACAAAGAGUCUGACCUGGGCUUCACAGAGACCAACCUGGCUCUAUGCUCUCUGGAUCUGUUUCUUGCUGGAACAGAGACAACCACCACAACUCUGCUGUGGGCUUUGAUUUUCCUCAUUAAAACCCCAGAUAUCAAAGACAAAGUCCAGGCAGAGAUAGACAGAGUGAUCGGACAGAGCCGACAGCCCAAGAUGGCAGACAGAGCCAACCUGCCCUACACUGAUGCUGUCAUCCAUGAGAUCCAGAGGAUGGGAAACAUUCUUCCCUUAAAUGCACUCAGAAUGGCCACCAAGGAUACGACACUGGGAGGAUAUUUCAUUCCCAAGGGUACGGCCUUGUUGCCUAACCUGACCUCUGUGCUGUUUGACAAGACUGAAUGGGAGACUCCAGACACCUUCAACCCCGGACAUUUCCUAGAUGCUGAGGGAAAGUUUGUAAAGAGAGAAGCUCUUCUGCCUUUCUCUGCAGGGAAACGUGUGUGUCUUGGAGAAGGCCUCGCCAAGAUGGAGCUGUUCCUGUUUUUGGUUGGUUUACUCCAGAAGUUUGAUUUCUCUGCUCCAGAUGGAGUAGAGUUGAGUACAGAAGCAGAGAUUGGAAUUAUGCGUGUACCGCACCCCUUCAAAGUUCAUGCCAAGGCUCGCUGAACAUCUCACUGAACCAGUUUUCAUCUAAACAAUAUGUAACACACAAGAGUAGGCAAAACACUUUUCGGAGAGAAAGCUGUUGUUUUUAACCUCAGCCUUUCACUGUUAUAUAAUUGCCUUGUGUACAGAGGACUUGUUUAUGAUCCCUGCCUGUAUAUUCAAUUCUUUCUAAUAAAGUUAUUUUUACAUAAAAUAUUAUUUUUAUUAAUGGAACUGAGUAAAGAACAUAUCUUUUCAGCAAU